GAACUCCAAGUGAACUUGGAAAAGUGAUAUAUAAUAUCAACUUUGUACAUGAAUACACUAUCGUAGUAGGAAAAUUUAAUGGGUAUGAUUCAGUUAGUUGCAGUGGAAAAUCAAAGGGAACCAGACAAGAAUUUUCAUUCGAUGAAAUGUUCCCAGCAACUGUUAGCCUGAAAAAUAUUUUUGUAGAGUUAGCUCUGUUAGACCAGUCCACUUAGAAGAGUAUAAUGUCUGUGUAGCUGACUCAUUUAUUAAUAGUAUCUUUAGCUGACAUUUCAAAGACGUUGAUAUUACUAAAUGUAUCUCCUUUAGACGAAUAUUAUAAUGAAACAUUGAAUUUAUUGAGAUUUGCUAUCAAUGUACACAAUUGCUAAUCCCAAAAUAGAAAAAGAACGUGACUAAUGUUAUUAUCCUAUGAGCAUGACUACAAAAACACUAUACAAAGUUCCAACAAAUAGUAAUAGUAUAGACAGAUAUCAUAUUUUGUUAAAGAAAUACAAAUAAGAGUGAAGGAUUUACCAAAAGGAAUGGUUAUAAUUUUAUGCAAAUAUCACUAUUAGAAAUAAAUUCAAAUUUGUCCACUAUGUUGAAAAUUAAUUUUAAUGAUUUCACACAAUUAGAAAAUUUUAUUGACUUUGCAAUUGAAAAAACACUCAAUUCCAAUUAGAGAAAUAAUAAGAGUUAUUCUCUGGUAAGAAAGUAUGUCCACAAGGAAAAAGCAAAAUUGACGGAUAUGGAUGAAUAUGUGAAUGUGUAAUAUUAUGGGAAUAAGAAAGCUAUAUGCCAGAAAGUGUUUGAGACUAUGAAUGUUGUAAUGACAUCCUGCAGUGAUGAAGGAAUCAAAUUUACGUCGCAUACUUAAGCAUCAAAGUCCUUGGUGAUAAUAGAAGUGAUAGCUAAUGUUUGGAAAUCCAUGUUACCUGCGAAAAGAUGAUAAUAGGUUCGAUCUUGUUAAAUGAAUUAAAAAAUGGAAUCACGCUUGCCAAAACCAAAAAUUAAUUUAUCAAAAGUAAUUAACAGCACAGUAAACAUUGCUACAGACAAAGAUAAUAAAAAAAUGGUAAAAAGCCAAAAUGAUCUACCCCAUGCAAGUUCUAGUGCUGUUCCUGAAAGACUGACAAAAGCCAAAAGUACAGUAAAUAUAGCAAAAUGUUCAAAUGAAAAUAAACCUCCAAUUAAACAAACUUUAAGUAGAUCGAAGACUAUGUCUUCCAUUACUACCAGAGCUGUGAAAAGACCAGCUGUUGCAGCUAUUACACAUGGCGAAACCAAGAGACAAUUUGCUAAGCCUCCUACUAAAAUAAGUACACAGCAAGUUGGUAGUACAUUAAGAAAUAAUACCACCAAUAAGUCUAGUCAGAAUAUCAUAGCCCAGAAGGUACAAUGCAGCAGUAAUGCAGCUAAGCCUUCCAAAUGGGACUUAAAGGGUCGAUUGGCCCACACCAGUAAUGAGUUAUCUAAUAUACGACAGAAAUAUGCAGAAACUUCAGCAAAAUAUAAUGAACUUCAAGAACAAAUGAACACAUUAAAGGCAAAUGAAAAUGUACAUAAACUAAAAGCAGAAGAAUAUGAAAAUUUGAAUAAGACAUUAGUAAAUGAAUGCAGAGAAUUAAAAGCAGAAAUGAGUAAAUUGCAAGAAGAAAAAGAGAAUUUGUCAAAAUGUUUGAAAGAAUCAGAGGAGUCAUGUAAAAGCAUUUCAAAUACUUUAGUAGAAUUUAAACAAAAAUGCUCGUCUCAAGAGUCAUUAAUAUCACAACAUGAAUUUAUAAUAAAGGAUCUAAAAGCUAGUUUAGAAGUUGAAACAGAAAAGAAUAAAGAAUUAAAUGCAACUAAAAAUGAGUUACAAACAUUG